UCUGAGGUCCACUUCUUGAAUUAAUGGUCCGUGGCUGUGCCCCAUGCAGCACUAACUUCCAUACCCUUCACCUCUCCUGAUCACAACAAACAAUGGGGAAACCCUUGGCUUCAUUUUCUUCUUCAAUAGUCUCCACUAUUUUGCUUCUUGCCUCGGCUUUCAACAUUCUAGGGGUGGAAGGAAGCAUUGGAGUCAACUAUGGCACGGUGGCUGACAACCUGCCUCCACCAGCACAAGUAGCCCAUUUUCUUUUAGAAUCCACCAUUAUCAACCGUGUUAGGCUCUUCGAUACGAACACCGAAAUUAUACAAGCCUUUGCUCACACUGGCAUUGCAAUCACCAUCACUGUCCCCAAUGAUCAAAUUCCUCAUCUUACCAAUCUAGGUUUUGCACAAGAAUGGGUGAAAUCCAAUGUCCAGCCUUAUGUGCCAGCCACCAAUAUCGUCCGAAUUUUAGUUGGCAAUGAAGUUAUAUCAAAUGAAAACAAACUGUCUGUAGCAAGCUUGGUUCCAGCAAUGAAAGCACUUCAUGCAGCUUUAGUUGGUGCAUCAUUAGACCAUAGAAUCAAAAUCUCUACCCCUCACUCUUUAGGCAUUCUCUCAAGUUCAAGCCCACCAUCCACUGGAAAAUUUCGACAGGGCUACGCUACACGUAUUCUUAAACCAUUGCUUCGCUUCCUUAGAGCUACCAAUUCACCUUUCAUGAUUAACCCUUAUCCAUUUUUUGGUUUCUCUGCUGAUACUCUUGAUUAUGCAUUGUUUAGGCCUAAUUCAGGGGUGUUUGAUGAAAACACCAAACUUUCUUACACAAACAUGUUGGAUGGGCAACUUGAUGCAGUCUUUUCAGCAAUGAAACUUCUUGGUUUUAGUGAUAUUGAGAUUGUCAUCGCCGAAACCGGGUGGCCAUCGCAGGGAGAAUCAUCACAACCUGGUGUUGAUGCAGAAAGUGCAGCUCAAUACAAUAGGAAUCUAAUGCAGCAUGUAACAUCCGGUGCUGGCACCCCCCUCAUGCCCAACCGGACGUUUGAAACUUACAUUUUCGCACUUUUUAAUGAAGAUCUCAAACCAGGGCCUCCUAGCGAGAGGAAUUUCGGAUUGUUCCAGCCAGACAUGACUCCGGUGUACAAUAUUGGAAUCCUAAGGCCAAAGGCUAAAUCAUCCAUUCCUACGAGUCCUGCACCGGUGAGUCCAGGGCCAGGAGGGCCUAAAGAGAAGAUUUGGUGCCUUCCUAAAACAGGAGCAGAUGUGGAGGCUCUGCAGAGAAACAUUGAUUAUGUGUGUGGGCUGGAAGCGGAGUACUGCAAACCUAUUCAAGAAGGUGGUGAGUGCUUCCUGCCUAAUACAGUGAAAGCACACGCAGCAUUCGCCAUGAAUGCAUACUAUCAAGGCACAGAAAAGAAUGACUACGAUUGCGAUUUCGAACAAACCGCAGCCAUCUCCAAUGUGAAUCCAAGCUAUGGAAAUUGCAAGUAUUGAUCACAAUAUUGGUGCCUGCAUGCAUUGGAGAAGGGCAUUGAUCCAAUCCAGCAGGUGCCGUCAAACGAGCUAGUAGCCAUGCAAUGAAUAGAUAUUAUCGAUAAAUUACACCCACCUUCAUCUUCGUUAAGGAACAUAUCAUCCACAGAUUUGGACUCCUGAAUAACAACUAGGAGUAAAUGCUUAGGCAUUUUGUCUACUGUUUAGCAACUCUCAUGGUGCUUAAUUAUAGAAUAUGUAUAGAUAGAACAGCAGGUAUACAAGUAUAUUAUUCCUAUAUAUGUUAGCCAUUUAUUUGCUCA